UUACACCUGCCGGUUUUACCCUGUUCUGGGCUCGCGGCCCCCGUUGCCUGGGCGGCCUUUGUCCCUGGUCCUGGUUCGCGCCGGUCUGGACCCAUAGGUGCCCUGGCCUCUCCUUCCCCCUGGUCCCUAAUGGCGUCACCCCCUCUUCUUCCCGUCCCGCCGCCGUCCCCCUUGAGUCCCACUGGAAAGAAUUGUGGAGAGCAGUGACUGGAAACAGUUGGUGGAAACUGGUGGUGGAUAAGCAGGUGAAUGGGAGCUCCCAGGGCGAUGCUGUGAGCAAAGAGCCGCCGCAAUCUUGGGAUGCGUCAAUAGGGGAGACUUGAGUAGGAGCGGUGCGGUUACUGGAGCUCUCUGUAUUGGGCCCCGGCGUGACCGCUGCUGGAAUCCUGUGCCCCGUUCUGGUGCCCAUAAAUCAAGAAGGAUGUUGACAAAUUGGAGAGGAUUCACAGAAGAGCUAAGAAAGAUUUAAGGAUAGGUUCAAAGAGUUUCAUUUCUUUAGCAUAACAAAGAGAACGUGAGGGGCUGACUUGAUUACAGUCUAAAAGCACUUACAUGGAGAACAAAUAUUUAAUAAUGGGCUCCUCAGGUUAGCAGUGAAAGAUAUAAAAUGAUCCAAUGGCUGGAAAUUGAAGCUAGACAAAUUCAGAUUGAAAGAUGUACAUUAUUAGUGGUGAGAAUAAUUGUUCCAAUCGUUACUUUUCCAUCACUGGCCAUUUUUAAAUCAAGAUUGGGUGUUUUUCUAAAAGAUAUGAUCUUGGAAUUAUUGUGGGGAAAUUCAAUGGCCUAUAAUAUACAGGUCAGACUAGAUCACAGCAGUCCUUCCUGGCCUUGGAAUCUAUGGAAGUAUUAGCAAUAAUGCCCCCCAAAGUACUAGGCAACUGACAGUGGGUAAUUUGAGCAGCUGUUAGGCCCUUCAACCACAACUCUUAUUUUUAUUGAUUCUGAUCCCUCCCCCUAUGUAGGUUGCUUGGCUUUCUAUAUUGCAAGCUGUUUGGGUAAGGAAUUGUUUUGAUAUAUAUCCACACAGUGUUUAGCACAAACAAGCUACAGCUGUGGAAUGCAAAUACUAAUAAAUUAACUCACUCCUGUUACCAAUGAAUGCCCUUAUGUUAGUCUAUUCUUGCCAUACUGUAUAAAAAAGAUUCCAGAAAAGCAAAGUACUUAGUACAGUGCCACACUCAACAUUGAAUUAAUAUUUUUAACAUGUAUUUUGGCAGGAGUUGACAAACCUGUCUAGGAGAAUGGAAACUUUGCUCAAACAAAUGGACAGAGAGGGACUAGGUAAUUGCUGACUCCUUCUCUGGAAGGGAGAAGAAAGCAACAGAGGUUUCUAAGCACUGCUACUUAAAGGGUUGGAGAAUGGGAGACACAAACUGCUUAGGGAACUUUCUGCUUUUCUUUAUUCACAAGAGAGUAGUUGGCGGUAGGGAAUAGUUGCAGGAGCUGCUGAACUCUUGUAGAGAGGAGAACAGGGGAAGCAAAAUGGCACAGAUGCUGGUUCUCCUUUAACAAGAAGGGACAGAGGAACAGAACAGCUGGAGCUGCUUCUACCUUUCCUGAAGUUGUGAGAGAGCUUGCAUUUUUCAGGAUUAGAAGAAGCUGUAUUUAGGAACAUACAGGCAUGUAAGGAGCUUGCCCAAACCACCCGUACAGCUCUUGGACCAAAUGGAAUGAACAAAAUGGUUAUCAAUCAUCUUGAGAAGCUUUUCAUGACAAACGAUGCUGCAACUAUCUUAAGGGAGUUGGAGGUCCAGCACCCUGCUGCAAAAAUGAUUGUAAUGGCUUCCCAUAUGCAAGAGCAAGAAGUUGGAGAUGGAACAAACUUUGUCCUUGUUUUUGCUGGCACCCUUCUUGAGCUAGCAGAGGAACUUUUGAGGAUGGGACUUUCCAUUUCAGAGGUGAUAGAAGGUUAUGAAAAAGCCUGCAAGAAAGCCCUAGAAAUUCUUCCUGACUUAGUAUGCUGUUCUGCAAAGAAUCUGCAUGAUGUUGAAGAAGUGGCGUCUUUGCUGCACACCUCAGUAAUGAGUAAACAAUAUGGCAAUGAAAUCUUUCUAGCAAAGCUUAUUGCUCAGGCAUGUGUAUCUAUUCUUCCUAAUUCUGGUCAUUUCAAUGUUGACAGCAUCAGAGUAUGCAAAAUUUUGGGCUCUGGUGUGUCUGCCUCUUCAGUCCUUCAUGGUAUGGUUUUUAAAAAAGAAACUGAAGGAGAUGUUACUUCUGUCAAAGAUGCCAAAAUAGCUGUGUAUUCCUGUCCUUUUGAUGGUAUGAUAACUGAAACUAAGGGCACUGUACUGAUAAAAAAUGCUGAAGAACUUAAGAAGUUCAGCAAGGGAGAAGAAAAUCUAAUGGAUCUGCAAGUCAAGGCAAUUGCUGAUGCUGGUGCAAAUGUUGUAGUAACAGGUGGCAAAGUGGCAGACAUGGCACUUCAUUAUGCCAAUAAAUACAAUCUUAUGUUAGUCAGAUUGAACUCAAAAUGGGAUCUCAGGAGACUGUGUAAAACUCUUGGCGCUACCGCUCUUCCCAAAUUGAUUCCACCUACACUAGAAGAAAUGGGUCAUUGUGACAGUGUUUAUUUGUCGGAGGUUGGGGAUACACAAGUAGUUGUGUUUAAGCAUGAAAAGGAAGAUGGUGCCAUUUCUACCAUAGUAAUCCGUGGAUCUACAGACAAUCUAAUGGAUGACAUUGAGAGAGCUAUAGAUGAUGGUGUUAAUACUUUCAAAGUACUCACUAGGGAUAAACGUCUUGUUCCUGGUGGUGGUGCAACAGAGAUUGAGUUGGCCAAGCAGAUCGCAUCUUAUGGAGAGACAUGUCCUGGGCUUGACCAGUAUGCUAUCAAGAAAUUUGCUGAGGCAUUUGAAGCCAUUCCUCGAGCACUAGCAGAAAAUUCUGGAGUAAAGGCCAAUGAAGUUCUCUCCAAACUUUAUGCAGUGCACCAAGAAGGCAACAAAAAUGUUGGAUUUGAUAUUGAGGCUGAAGCUGCAGCUGUGAAGGAUAUGUUGGAAACUGGUGUAUUAGACACAUAUCUUGGAAAACACUGGGGUAUUAAGCUGGCUACAAAUGCUGCAGUGACUGUGCUCAGAGUAGAUCAGAUUAUUAUGGCAAAACCAGCAGGUGGUCCAAAAGCCCCUAAACAACAAGGACACUGGGAUAAGGAUGAAUGGAAAGAUGAACCUGAAAAAUAGCAAGCUAUCAUCAUGGCAAAACCAGCUGGUGGGCCCAAACCUCCAUCAGGAAAGAAAGAUUGGGAUGAUGACCAAAGCGAAUGAACACCUUCACUGUACUUUGAGUGAACUAGGAUUGUAUGCAUCUUGUAAUACUCCUGUUGGGGCCUGACAUGUUUUCUCCCUCACCUUAAGUUAUGAAACUGUAUCCAGUAAAGAGUACAGUACCGCUACUAUUUCAAUAAAUGAACUUGCAAUAUAAAAAGACUCAAUUUGUUAACUUGUCCUGUUAGACUUUUGAGUGUUAAUUAUCUAUAUUGAUUAAAGGAACAAGUUGUUUUGAAUUUC